AUGAUGUCGUACCUGAAGCAGCCGCAUUACGGAGUCACCGGGCUGGGCCUGGAGCUGCUGCCCCCGCCCGUGGGGUACCCGGGGACCCCCCGCAAGCAGCGGCGGGAGCGCACAACCUUCACCCGGGCACAGCUGGACGUGCUGGAGGCGCUGUUCGCCAAAACUCGGUACCCGGACAUCUUCAUGAGAGAGGAGGUGGCGCUGAAAAUCAACCUGCCCGAGUCCCGCGUGCAGGUGUGGUUCAAGAACCGCCGCGCCAAAUGCCGCCAGCAGCAAGCCCAGGGCUCGGGCCCCCCCAAACCGCGCCCACCCCCCAAAAAGAAGAACUCCCCCCCUCGGGACCCCCCCCCCGGAACCCCCCCGGGCCCUUUCACCCCUCCCCCCCCCGCCCCUCCCCCCGUCUCCAUCUGGAGCCCCGCCGCCCUCUCCCCCCUCCCCCUCCCCGACCCCGCCGCCUUCCGCGCCUUCGGGGGCUCGGGGGGCUUCGCCCAGAGCUACCCCCCCUAUUUCGGGGGGCUCGACCCCUACCUGUCCCCCCUGGGACCCCCCCAGGUGGGCGGGCUCAGCCCCCUGGGACCCCCCCCCGGGAGUUUCGGGGGGACCCCCGGGCUGGGCUUCGGGGGGGCCGCGGAUUGCCUGGAGCUGAAGGAGCCGGGCGGAGCCUGGAAGGUGAAUUUGGGGGGCGCCGAUUGCCUGGAGUACAAGGAGCAGAGCACCUGGAAGUUCCAGGUGUUGUAG